CAGUUGAAUUCUACUUCCGGUCUUCGGUUGCCAGGGAGCGGAGGACAGCGUCCGGGCAGCGGAAGCGCUUUUCACUUCCUCCGCAGAUGUUCGUGUUGCGCAGAGAGCGAUGGAGCUGCCGGAGACGAUCCGAAGACAUUUGGAGGAUUUCUCCCGGAACGUUUUAUUCGACCGGAGCCGAACUGAGACGCUCUCGAAGCGGAACGACGGGUUCUCGCUUCCCGACAAGCAGGUUCUGUCCAGUCUCCAGCUCCAGAUGUCUCUGUACUUUAACAUGUGGUUCUUCCCCUGGUGGUGGAUCAGUGAAAUUGUGAUGCUGCAGCUCAAGUAUCCUGCCUUGCCAGACUACUACAAGUUCAUCCUCGUGACCCUUCUCAUCCUGAUGACUCUGAUCGAGGCGAUCAGACUUUAUCUGGGUUAUGUCGGGAACCUGCAAGAGAAGGUCCCAGAGUUGGCUGGAUUUUGGCUGCUGAGCAUCCUGCUGCAGUCUCCUCUCAUCCUGUUUCAGCUAUUUAAUGAAGCCAUUCUCAUACAGCCCCUGGAGAGAGGAGUUCACAUAGUUCUCGCUAUAUUUGUUCUCUCACAGGCCCUCUCUGGUUUCGUGGCGCUGCGGGACAUGGUGAAACACACAGAAAGCCAAUUUCACCUCCGGCAGUUUGACUGAUUUCUGAAGCUCAGAUGUCUCCACCACAUCUGGACACACCUGGACAUGACAGCGACUUAUGACAUUUUACAUGGGACACUUGCUGAGCACAGCUGUUUGCUAAAAAGAAAAACUUUUGUACCAUAUUUAUUUUUAUAUUUAACUCACAUUAUAUUUCAUGGGAUUGCCUUGUUGUUAUUUUUUGUAGGUUGUCAAUAAAUAAAAUCCAUAUAACAUGUU